AAGAAAAACAACUGUUGAGAAGAGGCAGAAAAAAGGAAAGCAGAGAGGGAAAGAAAGAAUGGCGAAAACGGCUGCUUGGAAUGCUUCGUUCACAUCAUAUUCUUUGUCUUUCAACAAGGUUUUGUCUCCUACAAAUCCCAUGGCAACACUUGGAUUUUCGGCUUCUUCGUCAGCUUUUCCUUCACUUUCCACCAAACCAAAACGACCCAACAACAAUUUUCAAGUGAGAUCGGUGGCUGCUUCUGCUGAAGAUGUUGCGAGAUUCGAUGAAAUGGUUUCCGGGACGGAACGGAAGUACUACAUGCUAGGCGGCAAGGGAGGUGUAGGAAAGACGAGCUGCGCCGCUUCAUUAGCUGUAAAAUUCGCAAACAAUGGCCAUCCCACUCUGGUUGUCUCAACAGAUCCAGCUCAUUCGUUGUCCGAUUCUUUCGCGCAGGAUUUGACUGGAGGGAUGCUAGUACCAGUUGAAGGACCUGACUUUCCCUUGUUUGCUCUUGAGAUAAACCCGGAAAAGACUAGGGAAGAAUUUCGAGAUGCAGCAAAGAACAAUGGUGGAACUGGGGUCAAAGAUUUUAUGGAUGGAAUGGGCCUCGGGAUGCUCGCAGAACAGUUAGGAGAGUUGAAAUUGGGAGAACUACUGGACACGCCACCUCCCGGUUUGGACGAAGCGAUAGCAAUUUCAAAGGUGAUGCAAUUUCUUGAAUCACCACAGUACAGUAUGUUUACUCGAAUAGUUUUUGACACUGCACCAACGGGACAUACGUUGCGACUUUUGUCUUUGCCAGACUUCUUGGAUGCAUCUAUAGGCAAGAUAUUGAAGCUUAGACAGAAGAUAGCUUCGGCCACCUCGGCGAUUAAAUCUGCUUUCGGACAAGGAGAAACCCCUCAAAACGCUGCUGACAAGUUGGAGCGACUAAGGGAGAGGAUGGUGAAAGUGAGAGACCUUUUCCGUGACACGGAUUCUACCGAGUUUGUCAUCGUCACAAUCCCCACGGUAAUGGCAAUCAGCGAGUCGUCUAGGUUGCAUGCCUCCUUGAAGAAGGAGAACGUUCCGGUGCGGAGACUAAUCGUUAAUCAGAUUCUUCCUCCAUCUGCUUCCGACUGCAAGUUUUGUGCAGUGAAACGCAAGGAUCAGAUGCGCGCUAUCGAUAUGAUCCGUAACGAUCCCGAGCUAUCGAGUUUGAAGUUAAUCCAAUCACCCCUGGUUGACAUGGAGAUUAGAGGUGUUCCAGCACUUAAAUUUAUGGGGGACAUAAUAUGGAAAUAAGC